AUGGAUCAUCUUGGAAUUCAACCCCCUUCAACCAAGGUUGAAAGAAGGCUCGUUGAGAAGAACAGAAGAAACCAGAUGAAGAUCCUCUUCAACAAACUCAAUUCUCUUCUCCCUAGCUACAACCCCAAGGAAGUAUUACCACUGCCUGAUCAAGUGGAUGAGGCAAUCAACUACAUCAAGAGUUUGGAGGCGAAGGUGAAGAUGGCACAAGAGAAGAAAGAGAGCUUGCAGGGUGCUAAGAAAAGAUACCGUGGUUGCUUCUCCAAUAAUAACGGUGCUAAUUUAGAUGCAGCACCACUCCCAAAAUCUCCACAACUUGAGAUUCAAGAAGUGGGUUCCUCCCUACAAGUUGUUCUGACUACAGGGAUGGAUAACCAGUUCAUAUUCUAUGAAAUCAUUCGAAUGCUGCAUGAAGAGAACAUAGAUGUUAGAAGUCUCAAUUCCUCACUCACUGGAGACUCGGUGCUUCAUGUUGUGCAUGCUGAGAUUCCUCAAUCUUUUCUUCAAUUCGGAGCCGCCAAAGUAAGUGAGAGGUUGAAAAGGUUUGUAAAUGGAUCAUACAGUGACGUGGAAACACAACACGAGUGGUGGGAUUUUGAUAUUGGCAGUGAUGAUAUCUGGGGUUUCUAGAUCUUAUGUAUGCACCAAAAGUUUUGUAAAAUAUGAGGAAAAUAUAUAACAAGUUUAAGAGUAUUUUGGUCUGUGAUAAUUUCCGCUGUUAGAAUAGAUUUU